AUGGUUUCGGUCAGAAAGAGAAAGAUGGCCCGCUCGUCGGUGGCCAAGAACACGAAACGUACAAAGGAUUCACAGAGAAAACCAAAGAUUGCACACCAUCCAGUUCUCGCUGCCAAGUGGGAUAAGAAACUCACGCUUAAACAGAACUAUGAGAAGCUAGGGCUCACCUCUCGAUUGGGCAAGUACAACGGUGGCCAAGAGAAUGUUUACAAGACAGUUACGGAGCUGCGGGAAGAACAGAAAGCAAAGGAAAAGAUCAACCAUGUUGCUCCUGAAGAUGUGGCAGUCGAGACUGAUCCACUGAAAAUUCCAGAAGGUGAAGCCCGUUUGAUCCGUGAUCCAGAAACAAACGAGGUGGUGCAGGUCAUCUACGGUACCAUGAAGACGGCGCCCGUGAAGGAGGAUAAAGCAGACAAUAGCAUCAUCGACGAUCUCGUGGAGUACAAUGAGAAGUAUGGUGGUAAAGUCAAGGCACCCAAGCCUCAAGAGGAAGAGGAGAUCAUCCUACAAAACCUUUACGAGAAAUACGGCGAUGACUACGACAAAAUGAAGUGGGACAAGAAGCUCAAUCCUUUGUUCUUGUCGGAGGGCCAGUUGAAGAAAAAGAUUGCCGUGUGGAAGAAGGCCAACGGUAUCGAGUAA